AGCCUUCACCCGCCCACCUUCAGGAAGAAGUGAAGCAGCCUCGUUUGGAAAGCACUGGAGGUGGCCGUGGUAGUCCUCAGCGGCUGCCGCAAUUCCAGUGCGAGGCCGCCUCGGCGGACGGCAGCCCCCAGCACCGGACGGCAGCCCCCAGCACCGGACGGCAGCCCCCAGCACCGGACGGCAGCCCCCAGCACCGGACGGCAGCCCCCAGCACCGGACGGCAGCCCCCAGCACCGGACGGCAGCCCCCAGCACCGGACGGCAGCCCCCAGCACCGGACGGCAGCCCCCAGCACCGGACGGCAGCCCCCAGCACCGGACGGCAGCCCCCAGCACCGGACGGCAGCCCCCAGCACCGGACGGCAGCCCCCAGCACCGGACGGCAGCCCCCAGCGUGCCCGGGCCGGACGGCGGCGCCCAGCGCGCCCCGCGGCUGCCCUGCCCUCCCCUCAACAUGGCGGCGCCCGGAGACGGCUCCGACUCGGACUCGGGCAGCGGCGGCGAGGCGGCAGCGCGGUGCCGGGAGGCCGCCUGGGACUGCGCUGCGCAGGCAGUGGCGGUGCGCACGGAGCGGCGCGGCGGUGGCUUUACGAGGGGCGAGUUACGGUCUGCUCAGCCUAGCCUAAGGCAUGAGGUGAAUGGUCAUGGCGAGGAUGGAAAUGAGCUACGGACAACACCAGAGUUCAGAGCACAUGUUGCAAAGAAGCUGGGAGCAAUGCUUGACAGUGUCAUCACCGUCUUGAAGGACUCAUCAGAACCUUCCCAGACUCCUCUGCAAGAGUCUGACUCUGCAGAUGACGGCUUUCGCCUCUUCUCCUCUUCUGUCCCCGGAGACUCUGGGACAUUGCAGCCUUGCCCCACAGUGAGAAGACAGCCCUCCAGCUCCAGUGACACAGACAGUGACCAAGAGUGGCAAAAGUACCGAGAGGCUGCUGUAUCAGCCACAGACAUUCUAAAGCAAAGUGCUUUUCCUGCACUGUCCCAGGAUCACAGUUGGGCUAAUGUAGAGCACAGCCAGAAAAAAGAGAAAAAAAAGAAGAUUAGGGGAGAGAACAAUAUUCAGGAGAAAAUAAUAGAGCCAGCAGAGGGGGACCAUAUCUGCAGAGGUUUGCCACAGCUGGUAUCUGCAGAUGGACAGUGUGAGAGAGGGGCCAGCAGACGUGCAGACAGCUCAGUGUUGGCAGGAGGUGUGAAGAAGAAAAAGAAGAAGAAAGAGAAGAAGAAAGGAGAAUGAAGAUUUUCCUCUGCGAAGAAGAGGUAAUGGUGAGGGUUGAAGGAGACUGAAGCAUGCCCUAACAACCAGAGUUGCUGCACAUGAGGGAAAGCUCCUGUUGUAAAACCUCAGUGGCUUGAAAGUCCAAUGAAGUCACGUCUUAUGUUGCUGACACCUCCAGGGGAGGAAACAUUGUUCGCCUAGCACAACAGUUCCAGUUCUCUGUGCUGCUGCUUGUGCAGCCCCCGUGUAACAGGACUGAACCCUGAGCACAGCCUUGCGUGGCAGAGGGAUGUAAUCAGAGCUGCAUCCCUCCCUGUGCCUUCACAUCGUGAAACCAAACCUUCUAUCCUGGAGGAAGUAUAUGCUGAAUGGCACUUGGUUUACAUGGCAGCAGGUGAUCAGCUCCUUUUUUUCUUCUCCUAGAUGCUACUAAGAAUAUCUCCAGACUGUGGGGCAACUCUUACCAGAAGCAUCCUGCAGGGCCCUCUUGGUUUUUCCCCUAUGACGAUCAUAAAAAUCUGUUGCCGAAACCUGGGCUGUUACUGUUCCCUCUGUAAUCUGCACCUCUCCAGGGCCUCUGCACAUAAGCAGAGAGUGCAGUGAGCUUGUUACAGCACUGUUAGAAGUAGGCAAUGCUGUUCACCUUGUGCCUGCUGAAAUUUCAUCUCUAGCUUUUUCAUGGCAUUUGCUGUUAUUAAAUUCUGCUACACUAUCA